AGUAUUUGUGUUUGAGUUGGAAUAGGUUUUGUGAUGAAUUCUAACAGAAAUGCAAUGAAAUUAAAAAGUCUGGCCAUAUCACUUUAGUGUAAGGCACUUUGAAAUGUAUGAAAUACACCUGUGAUUAGGUGUUGAAGUAGGACUAGCUGUCCAGUAUAUAAACACCUGUUGCUGAGGUAUAUAUUUAUACACCCAUGACCAACAUGCUACACAAGUCAGAGUCUGUGGACUUUGGGAUCCAUCCUUGCCUGUCGCACAAUAUUAACAGAAUGCGCAGCAGAGAUGGGGUUUACCAGCUUCACCUCAUUGACUGGUUAGAUGUGGAUGAGAAUCACCCUCGCUGGGUGCGCAGCAUGCAGUGUUGGCAUUGCGGGGGUGUGCCAUGUGACCAUGAGGAGCAGAGAAAGGAACGUCUCGUAGACUUGAAGUUUGUUCGAGAGCUUGUCUCUACAAAAAAGGCAAUGGAGGCCAAGUUAGAGAAGAUCAAAGCUCAGAUUGUAGAGAAGGAGAUGGCAGAACAGUUGUGGAAAACAGACAGGUUACUGUUAAUGAGACAAAUAACAGAGAAACUGGAAGCCGAAGAACGCUGGAAGAAUGAAAAGGCCAAGCUGAAAGAAGAAGUAGAAAAGCUAAAACAAAGUAACGAGAAACUCUUGGGUCAACUUGACAUCUACAGGCGCAAUGAGGGCAAGGUGGAGAUGCUCACACUGAGGAUAGAGUCCCUUCAAGAUGAGGUUCAACAUCUGAAGGCUGAGAACAAGCAGCUGAAGGAGGGCAAUGCCUCUCAGGUGGCAGAGAUCCAGAAAAUGUCCAAGGCCAAGGCGGAGCUGAGCGAGGAACUAGUAGCAGCUCGACAGGAGAGCCGAGAGCUCAGGUUCCAGGUGGCGCAGCUGGAAAAAGAACUUACUGAUCUCAAAAAUGACAAGAGUAAGGACGAACUCAUUGAAGCCCUCCGAAAGAAGCUGACAAAGUUGAACAAUGAAAAGAAAGAAUUUGCUCAGAAGGAGAAAGAUUAUGAAGACCUCAUAGCACGUUUACGUGCUCAAAUUGCGGAGCUCCAAAUCAGGGUAGAGAAGUCGGAGACAAUCAGACAAGAACUAGAGAGAGAAAUAGAGAGACUGCUUAAAGAAAUUGAAAAACUUAAAAAGCAUAUUGGUGCUGACCGGUCCUUUAAGAAUUUUGUCGAAUUAAAGAGGGAACUGAAUUUUGUAAAGGAUGAAAAUGAAGACUUGAGACAUUUUGUAAGAGGGAAGCAACCUCCUACUUUACCAGUACUGAAAGCAGUCGAGCACACAUCAACUAAACAGAGACCUCCCUCUGCAAAGAGUGGGGAAAAACGCUCAUCAAUUUCUGCAAAGAAAUGAACUUUUUGGGUUUUAUGGUCUACAAGUGUUAUUUAUUAUUUAUACAAGUUGAAUCGUAUUGUGCAUUGCCAGUAUGGGUUUCUAGCUUCUUUAAGUCUGUAGCCAUAUUUUAAGUACUCAUGUUUAAAAUGCUCAUUUGUAAUAGAGGUGCACCUUUUAAGUGUCAAUCUAGUCAGACAACUUUAUUGAUGCCAUUCUAAUGAAAAGUACAGUAGACUGAACAUAGCUUGCCACCUUAUAACACAAGUUAUUGCUUACCUUGAAUUGAUUUUGUGGAGCAGAUUUCUCCUUUGUUGUGAGCUGAAACUUUGUGAACAAUGCCUGAGUUGAAUCUUGGCACAAUUUGACAAAUUUUCCAAGUCGAAAGUGUCCGAGUUAUGCAGCAUGUUCUUUUUCUCUGUCCUAUUUUAAAGGGCAGUUUACUUGGGUAUAUUUUUAUUUUGAUUAGAAGAAGUAUAGAGAUGACAUUUAGUUAGUUGACUGAUACAGUCAUAUGAAUGUAGAGAUAGUUAAUAUGAAAUGUUGAUUUGAAGAAAGUACUCUGUGUUAAGCUGGAAAUGUUGGCUUUCCCAAAAUAUUGCCAAAAAAUGAAAAUCUUCACCAGAUUGCUUUUUUCAGUACUUUUUUCAAUAAUUUUGCGUUAUAAAUGUAAAUUUUGUCAUCUGGGGGUCUUUUAAGGAUUUUAAGAUAAGUAAGAGCUUUUUUCAAUCACAAGUUGACUUAUUGUUCAAUAUUUGGGGACAAAAGAAUAAUUCUUAGAGACACUGCUGCUUGUUUAAAUAUACAUUUUAUUGUCAGUUUUAUUUGCAGAUGUAAUUUGAGACAAUCACCAUUCCAUGUGUGUUUUUUGCAUUGUAGAAAUAUUUGUAUUUACUGUGCAUUUGUCUAUUGUUACAAGAAUGUUAUUUUUGUAUCUGUUGAAAACACUGCAAAAGCUGUGUAUUUGUGACUCAUUAAAUCAUCAUUGUUUUUGUUUUGCAUUUCACCUGAGAAACUUACUAAAUAUUGAGUUAAUGCUAGUAUUAAGGAAGCAAAGAAGUUACUUUUUAAGAGAAAGGGAACUUCAGAUCAAGUCUACAAUAUUUCAUAAAUUUCAUACAUCUCUCUGUUCAUUUCAAAG